AUGGCCAAGGCCAAGAACAGGUAUACUUCCAUGGCUGGGUUCAAGAUCAACUUGCCACCACGCUUGAGCUUCAUCGAAUCGACCUCGCCCUUGUCUCCAAUCACUCCACCAUGGGCAGCUAAGCCGACAACGCCCGAUGGUGGUAGUGAGACACCAACAACGCCGAGAUCAGCCAGGAAUCGACGACACGCAGGACAGAGUCUGCUUCCUCAGAUCUCGGAGAGUGAAGAUGGUGGUGGCGAGCAAGGCGCAACCGGGGUCGAUAUCGAUCAAACAUCACCAAGCAAAUCAAAAGCCAACCCCGGAGGCACUACAUCCAGAGAUGAGCGUUCGCCCUCCCCAGGGACGGUGGCGCCGGUGGCGACGCAGAUACAGCUGAGAAAUGGGUCCAUCGURACACUCACACCGCCUGAGCUUACCGCGUGGCAGCCCACGAUAUAUCUACAUGGUCCCAUCAAGCUGCCGAAGCCGACAAUCAUGCCCCGAAAGAAUUCCGUCGCGACCUYGGAUCCGUUCCAGGAUGCUAUUGAGAGAUUGUACCAGAGUACUCUGACCAUUCCUCGGCGACGGAGCGAUGAUGCCGUGGUGGAUGAUAUCUGCGAAUACUUUGACGCCUUCGGCUUCGRUUUGAUCAGCUUCGCGGGCGACGACUUUUCGUACACGGACUUUGGAGUUGGGGAAGUGAGAGACAUUCAUCUCGAUGCCGAGAAGUUCACCACACCCCCGACGGAGCCAGCCCUGGUCCCCCCAGCGGAAGCAAAGAUUUCAAACGAGACGCUCGAACGGAGGCUGAGCUCUCUGUCAUCCUCUCUGCAAGCACCGCCGGUGGAGAACGAAGAGACGCUCCGGGCACGAGGCAUCGCCCGGUUGUCGCGCAAUUCUGCGGGAACCACGCCAGACGAGGGCAAAGCGGGGAGGAAAGAAUCCAUCACGCUCAGCAAGCCACAGACGUCGGCGGUGCUUCCACUACUACCAGCUCCCGAAACCAGCAUGCUGGAUGCUGUUCUCCAGCCCGCACAGCGAGAUGGGAGYUACAACGCAAGCGGGUCCAGCCAGCGCCGCCCAGAGGCCACGAAUGCGUUGCUCAAUCGCAAUGUGAGUCUGCACAUGACCAGAUCUUCCAGCAGUGGCGUGCAGGGUGGGAGAGACGACGGCGUGGAGGAGAUGAUGAGUGCGGCCACGACCUGGUCGGGAAAUGCGAGGCCUGUUGUCGCUGUUGCCGUUGCUGCAAGCAAAGAGCCCAAGCUGUCGAGAAUGCGCCGGCUUGUCGCCACGGCGUCGUCCAUUCUGUAA